GCAGGAGAAAUGACUGCAUGCAGAAGCAUGAGAGAAGACAAAUACGACAGGAACAUCCGGUGGAAAGGACGGAUGAUUCAGGUAGCGCAGAGCGGGGAGAAAAAGAUGGAACAUUUAGUCUAACCGAAGGAUACAAGCUCCUUCUUUUAUGUCAUAGUCGCGUGCUACCAAAGGUGUCACGCUAGUCUGGCUUCAACAGGCGUGGAUGAUUAGAGCCCCACAGUGUUCUAGCGGCUUCGGUUCUGCAGGCACAAGCAUUGUAAGUCAAUAUCAUGUCCUCGUAUUUGUGAACAGCAUUGAUCACUGGAUGCAGGUGGUUGCUCUCUCAAGGAGUCUGGGGUCCGCUGGAAGCCAUAGCUUUCUUCCACUGCUGUGCGUUUAUCACCGGCUGAUCGAUGGCGGUAGAGUCAGCCAUUCAAUGCUGUCUGCUGAGCAGGUCAACCGCCGGCGCACUCUUCCCGAACAGGGACACAGCUUUGAAACUAGCCACCCGCCCGCUCAACAUCGCUCCGCCAGACCCACUGCUCCAGCAAAACCCAUCUACAACCACUAGGAAACACUCCAGCUCUUCAAGCACUCGCCGACGGUGUCACCGAAGUACACAUCUCCAGUGCAAUGUGGCCCUAUCGAGAGCUAAAUGCAGUACCCAGGGGGUCAGAUGUUUCAGCAGCCUGGGCUCAAACAACCUUUGUGGGGGGCUGAUUGCCUUAAGAGGCCCUGUUUUUGGGGUGCCGGCAAGGCGAAAGCCCCGGGCAGUGACUGCGAUGGCGGUGGCAGGGCCUCUUGUGGGGCCUGGAGCUGGCGCAACUCUGUGGGCCGUCUUGGCUGCGGCCGCUGCUGCGGGACAGGUCCUUGAGAACCGCACGAAAUGGGGCGCCUCUGUCUCGGCCCCCUUGCUGACGAUGGGCAUCUCCAUCGCCCUCUCUUGGUCAGGGAUUAUCCCCACUGCCUCCCCUACAUUCGAACUAGUAUGGUCCCAAAUCAUGCCGCUCGCGGUUUGCUUCUACCUGCUCGAGACGGACGUAAGGAAGGUGUUCAGCGAUGCAGGCACGACCUUCAAGGCGUUCGUCAUCGGCGCCUUGGGGACGGUCUUAGGGACCAUUAUCGCUUUUGCAUGCGUUGGGCGGUGGAUGGGUCCUGACGGCUGGAAGAUGGCGGCGUGCCUCUGCGCAAGCUAUGUUGGCGGGUCGAUCAACUACGCAGCCACGGCACAGGCGCUGGGAGUCGCUUCAGGCGCCUCUUUAGCAGCUGGUAUGGCUGCCGACAACCUCGCGAUGGCCGCGUACUUUGGAGUGCUCAUGAGCUGGCCCACAGGAACAGAUGGACAGCAAGACGACGAUAAAAACGCAAGAAGGGCACAGUUCGAAAAGUCUGUACAAUCCGAAAGAGCGUUCGGCGGAGAGUUGUUUGCCGCAGUGAACCAAACAGCUGUGUCGCUGAAAGAAAGACAAUUGAACACAUCAACGGACCAGAAUGACGGUGACGUGGCAUCUUCUGGACGGGACGGUGAGAACGGGCUCGUAGAUGAUAGUGGGCGCAGUUUGGGCAGGCUGCAGAGAGCGUAUUCACAGCGGGUUUCGAUCAGCGACGAAGCAGAAACACGCAGCCGGGCCGAACCGAGCGGACGGUUUUUGAGAAGCAGCGAAAGCGGAGUCGCUACCGAAGAGGUUCGAAGGUUUGGGGAUGGGGGCUCAGUAAGUGGCACGGAACUAGCGGAGCGAAGCAUUUCAGGCCGGAACGCAGGAUCUAGCGGAAACGGAGCCGGAAACGGAACAACAUACGAAACGGGAUACGAAACGAGAAGCGAAAGAACGAACGGUGUGGGGUACGAAGAGGGAAAGGCUUAUGGACACGGAAACGACGGCGGAAACGGAAACGGAAACGGAAAUGGAAACGGAGCGGAACGGCUUCGGGAGAACGUCCAGUUGUCUGGGACCGGCGAAAUUGGUGGCGAGAUGGGCGAUAGCGAUGAACAGCACGCGCGCCCAAGUACUGAGGAAGAGCGCGCGCGCCCGAGCGCGGAAAGUGUGUCGUUGUCGUUGGCGGCGGCUGCGGGGUCGUGUUGCCUGGGCCAGGCGCUAGCGAGCGCCUUGCCACCGGCGUUUGCGGGUACGGAGCUGGCGCUUAUGGCCGUCAUCGCGUCGCUUAUAUCUGUCACUGUGGGUCAAUUGACGUCAGGGGGAAGGGACUCGGGGCCGCACAUUGCGGCGUUUGCGGGCGCGGAGAUGAUCGGCGGCGCGCUGAUGCAGGUCUUCUUUGCCGUGGUUGGAGCAACGGCAAGCCUUCAGGAGGCCAUCAACGGCGGCUGGCCGCUGCUCAUCUUCAUCCUCGUGCUGCUGGCCGUCCACGUGGCAUUCAUCGCCGUCCUCGGCUCUAAGGUCUUCAAGUUGCCGAUCCGUUCCGUGUUGAUUGCGUCGAACGCAAACGUGGGCGGUCCGGCGACCGCGGCCGCCAUGGCGUCGGCCAAAGGGUGGCCAGACCUGGUGCGAGGAGCUUUGCUGACCGGAACGCUCGGCUACACCGUUGGCACUGCUAUCGGCUGCCUGGUCGGGACUCUCCUCCGGGUCAUGUGAUAGUGAAGGCCUUCACGGGUCAGCCCAGAAGGGAGCACUCAGGGAACCCCCGGCAAAUGUUCCCAGAGCUUUACUUAGUUUAUCAAUAAUGCGUACGAGAUCUGAUUUAUAGCACUUCCUAUAUGGCCCUCUAUCUAUAGGACAAUUACUUUUUGCACGCUUUGUUAUCGCAGACUUACGCGAUAGGUUGAAUUGGAAACGUAUUGAUGUGGGUUGACGUUGCUUUCGUGCGCGCCGGCUGCUGUGUGCUCAAUGCAAGGAGGUCGAAGGCAGCUCUCAUCAGAGGGUCGCAGCUUUGGUCGCGUAUAUGAAGCCUACUGAGGCCCUUGAUGUGUGCUUGAAGCCCGAG